UAUAUUUGAUGAGCUUUUAACUUUAAUGUACUACAUCAAAGCUAUUUUCAAUUAUAAAUUGCAAUAAUGAUUAUUAUUUCUAAAAUAUUCUUUGAUUUACAAAGAUCAUAGUAUUCAACAUUAGGUUAUGUACUCGUUUCACGGCUGUCAAACAGGUUGUGUACAAAAACAACGCUCCACUGCGAUAAUAACAUCUUUACGUUUACCGCAAGUUUUUCCCAAAUUUUGUGAAAAAUGUCAAUUGAAAUUGAAUCCGCCGAUGUGAUCCGUCUAAUUCAGCAGUAUUUGAAAGAGUCAAAUCUUCACAAAGCAUUGCAAACAUUGCAGGAAGAGACAGGCGUAUCGCUAAACACCGUCGACAGCGUGGAAGGGUUCGUUUCCGACAUUCACAAUGGCCAUUGGGAUACGGUGCUGAAAGCCAUCCAGUCGCUCAAACUGCCGGACAAAAAGCUGAUCGAUCUGUACGAGCAAAUAGUGCUGGAAUUGAUCGAACUACGGGAGCUGGGUGCUGCCCGGUCUUUGCUACGCCAAACUGAUCCAAUGAUAAUGCUUAAGCAGCAGGAAGCGGAACGUUACAUACAUCUAGAAAACAUGCUACAGCGUGCCUAUUUCGAUCCGCGAGAAGCAUACCCGGAAGGAUCGAGCAAGGAGAAGCGUCGUGCGGCCAUUGCGACCGCUCUUGCCGGCGAGGUAUCUGUGGUGCCAUCGUCGCGUUUGUUGGCACUGCUCGGACAGGCACUUAAAUGGCAACAGCAUCAGGGAUUGUUACCACCCGGCACGACGAUCGAUUUGUUCCGCGGUAAGGCCGCCAUCAGGGACCAGGAAGAUGAAUCGUAUCCGACACAGCUAGCCCGGCAGAUCAAGUUCGGACAGAAAUCUCACGUCGAAUGUGCAAUGUUCUCACCCGACGGUCAGUACCUGGUAACUGGCAGUGUUGACGGUUUCAUCGAGGUGUGGAACUUUACCACCGGCAAGAUACGUAAGGAUUUGAAGUACCAGGCGCAGGAUAACUUUAUGAUGAUGGAACAAGCCAUCCUGUCGAUGGGAUUCUCGCGUGACUCGGAAAUGUUAGCAACCGGUUCGCAGGACGGUCAGGUGAAGGUGUGGAAGCUUAUAACCGGUCAGUGUUUGCGACGGUUCGAGAAGGCCCAUUCGAAAGGAGUGACAUGUUUGCAUUUUUCCCGCGACAAUAGUCAAAUACUGACCGCUUCGUUCGACCAUUUGAUACGGUUGUAUGGGUUGAAGUCGGGCAAAAUGUUGAAAGAGUUCCGUGGCCACACGUCGUUCGUGAAUGAAGCUGUCUUUUCGCCCGACGGCCAUCACGUGCUGAGCGCCUCUUCCGAUGGUACGGUAAAGGUAUGGUCGUUGAAGACAACUGAAUGUAUUUCGACCUUUAAAGCAUUGGGUACCCAUUUGGCCGUAAAUUCGGUACUCAUACUGCCAAAGAAUCCGGAACAUUUUGUGGUUUGUAAUCGGUCGAACACGGUCGUGAUCAUGAACAUGCAGGGGCAGAUCGUGCGUUCGUUUUCGUCCGGUAAGCGUGAGGGUGGUGCAUUCAUCUGUGCUACGAUAUCGCCGCGCGGUGAAUUCAUCUACUGUUGCGGUGAGGAUUUGGUGCUGUACUGCUUCUCUGUAACGUCCGGCAAGCUGGAACGUACGCUGAACGUGCACGAAAAGGACGUAAUCGGGUUAACGCAUCAUCCUCAUCAGAAUUUGCUUGCAUCGUACGGUUGCGAUGGAUUAUUAAAAAUGUGGAAACCGUAAGAAGGUAAUCAGAUUGAAAUUACCUGCAAAAAUUGGCUAAACCAGUAAGUAAACAUAAAAUAAUUAUAAUAAAUGACGAGUGUGUGACAUAAAAAACACAACAGUAGCAGUAGUGAAUCAAACGAAAGAAAACAUUUCGUUUCUGAGUAAAUGUUUGUCCAACGAUAGUGUAUGCAUUUACUUCGUGUCACAACGGUUACGCUUAUCAGACAGCAUUAAUAUUAAAUCAUUGUUACGGGCGCGCACAACCAUACGACGAUAGACCAUCCGACCUGGACCAUCAUCCUGUGCCGUUUGUAAAUGGUGAACAAAGGACUGCUAAUGAUGUUUGCUUUCUUCUUCAACCGUUUCAUUCCUUGCUGUAUGUACAAUAAUUUAGUUAGCGGCAAACUUCGUCGACACAGCGCCGCUACUAUCCGUUAGAUCUUUUCUAUUGCUCUAAUAGUGAUGAUUGUUGUGGUUACUAAAAAUAUAUUUCCUCUUAACACUGGACGCAACGUAGAACGAAGAACGUAUUCCAAAUUUGCAUCUUUUGCUAGAAAAACCGGCGAAAGCCAGCUGCUGCUGGGUGGCGUUUGGUAACGAAUUUAUUUCUUCCGUGGACCUAAUCAGGCAGAAAAAGCAACACUAUAUAUCUAACCAUAAAAUAACUCUUUACUCUUUUGCUUUAGUUUCUUGACACUGUGCUACGAAAGACACGUUGUCAACAUGCGCUGGAUUCUGGAGAAGUCCAACGAGGAGUUAAUUGAAUCAUGAGACAAGGCUAUUGCCAGGCAAGCUAUGGUUAAAUUAAUUUGUGUCUUGUGGUUUUGUCUACUCCUUCGUCUUGCAAGGGCUCAGAGUAUAUUUAAAUGUGGCGAAGUCUCUUUCUUCACCUUUGUGUAACGUUAUUUGAAACAAGUGCUAGGUGGUUAGUAUCACCCAAAUGUUGGUUGGUUUUUUUGUUAAUUUUAAGGGCUGUUAGUCUUUGAUCUUCGAUCAUACUAUCUUUAACUCUUAGUUCCGCGUUCAUUGUUGAUGGAAUUAUUGUUUAGAGGUCUUCUUCGUACCAGUAUCUAAGGACAUAUUGAAGAUAUCUUAACUAAGGGAUUUGCAAACAUAUUUAACCGAUGAUCUGUCGUAGGUCUCGGCAAUUGAUGCCGAACCGAUUUAUCAACCUGAAGCCAAAUCACAAUCUGGGUAGUCAUCGAUGCAUGUAUAAUAUGGGAGGACUUAUGGCUGUAAACUCUAGAUAAUACUCUUAAGGAUGACAUCU